AGAAGAGAUAUAUAUAUUUAUAUAAAACCGCCAUUUCUGCUAUCGCCAGUAGCUCCAUCUCUUCCACCAUCGAUCAAACACCAUCUUCACAUUAAAAAAAUAGAAAAAAAAUGAAGAGUAUGAUCCUGAAGCCAACGGCGGAGCUCUUCAAGGGAGAGCGCGGAUACCGACAGGGAUAUCACCAUCUCGGAGAAAACCGGUCGGUUAACCGAUCGAACCGGUUUGGAAAAGUCGGUAUGAUUCGUUGCGGAGGUCUAAGCAUUACCGAAACCGGUUUACUGAGUCCGAAAGUGAUCAAGAAAGGGGAUGACGAAGGAUUGCGUUGCGGGAGAAAGGCUCGAGCAAUCCUUAGCCCUGUCUCUGAUCCCACUGCCGUAGACAAGAAGCGAGUGUUCAGCUUUGGCAAAGGAAGAAGCGAAGGCAACAAGGGCAUGAAGUCCUUGUUGGGAGGGAAAGGGGCGAACCUGGCGGAGAUGGCGAGCAUAGGGUUGUCCGUACCGCCGGGGCUGACGAUAUCGACGGAGGCGUGCGAGCAGUUCCAGCUUUCCGGCAAGAAACUCCCACUUGGUCUAUGGGAUGAAGUUCUCGAGGGUCUGAAAUUCGUCGAACGUGAAAUGUCUGCUUUUCUCGGUGACCCUUCCAAGCCCCUUCUCCUCUCUGUCCGGUCCGGCGCCGCCAUCUCAAUGCCUGGCAUGAUGGAUACAGUGCUUAACCUUGGCUUGAACGAUGAAGUCGUCUCUGGUUUAGCCGCCAAAAGUGGAGAUCGUUUCGCUUAUGACUCGUACCGACGUUUUCUUGACAUGUUUGGUGACGUUGUGAUGGGAAUUCCUCACGCGAAAUUCGACGAGAAGCUGGAGAUGAUGAAGGAAUCUAGAGGAGUCAAGCUCGAUACCGAGCUAAGCGCAAAUGAUCUCAAGCAACUGGUUGAGCAGUACAAGAGCGUUUACUUGCAGGUCAAGGGUCAAGAAUUUCCUUCAGAUCCGAAGAAGCAGUUGGAAUUGGCCAUCAAGGCGGUAUUCGAGUCUUGGGACAGCCCAAGAGCCAUCAAGUACAGAAGCAUAAACCAGAUAACCGGUCUGAAAGGAACGGCCGUCAACAUUCAGUGUAUGGUGUUUGGAAACAUGGGGAACACUUCAGGAACCGGCGUUCUCUUCACCAGGAACCCUAGCACGGGAGAGAAGAAGCUUUACGGAGAAUUCCUAGUCAAUGCUCAGGGAGAGGAUGUCGUUGCCGGGAUAAGGACACCAGAAGAUCUGGACACGAUGAAAAAGCUAAUGCCAGAGGCUUAUGCCGAACUUGUGGAGAACUGUGACAUAUUGGAGAGGCACUACAAGGAUAUGAUGGAUAUCGAAUUCACGGUCCAAGAGAAGAGACUGUGGAUGCUGCAGUGUCGAACGGGGAAGCGGACGGGACGGGGUGCGGUGAAGAUAGCGGUGGAUAUGGUGGACGAAGGGCUCGUGGAAAAACGUUCUGCCAUCAAGAUGGUCGAGCCACAGCAUCUGGACCAACUUCUCCACCCACAGUUCGAUAAUCCAUCGGCGUACCGUGAAAAAGUGGUGGCGAAAGGGUUGCCAGCGUCACCAGGAGCGGCGGUCGGACAGGUCGUGUUCAGUGCAGAAGAAGCCGAAGCCUGGCAUGCUCAGGGCAAGACCGUGAUUCUGGUUCGAGCCGAGACGAGUCCCGAGGAUGUCGGGGGAAUGCACGCUGCAGAAGGGAUAUUGACGGCUAGGGGUGGGAUGACGUCUCAUGCCGCCGUGGUGGCUCGGGGUUGGGGCAAGUGCUGCAUUGCCGGUUGCUCGGAUAUUCGUGUGGACGACAACCAAAAGGUUAUUUUCGUCGGCGAAACAGUUAUACGAGAAGGAGAGUGGAUUUCGUUGAACGGCUCGACAGGUGAGGGUAUACUCGGGAAACAGCCGUUGUCUCCUCCGGUGCUAAGCGGAGAUCUCGAAAUGUUCAUGUCUUGGGCCGACGAAAUCAGGCGUCUCAAGGUAAUGGCGAACGCUGAUACACCCGAAGACGCUCUAACUGCGAGGAAAAACGGCGCUCAAGGGAUCGGACUCUGUAGAACAGAACACAUGUUUUUUGCGUCGGAUGAGAGGAUAAAAGCUGUGAGAAAGAUGAUAAUGGCGGUGACAUCUGAGCAGAGGAAUGCGGCUCUCGAUCUCUUGCUUCCUUACCAACGUGCCGAUUUCGAAGGGAUCUUCCGAGCAAUGGACGGUCUUCCGGUGACUAUCCGACUGUUAGACCCUCCGCUCCACGAGUUCCUCCCCGAAGGCGACUUGGAAAACAUAGUAAACGAGCUUUGCGCGGAAACGGGGAUGAACGAGGAAGAGGUCUUCUCUCGUGUCGAGAAACUGUCCGAAGUGAAUCCAAUGCUCGGUUUCCGCGGUUGCAGGCUCGGGAUAUCGUAUCCAGAGCUAACCGAGAUGCAAGCGCGUGCUAUUUUCCAGGCGGCUGUAUCGAUGGGCGACCAAGGCGUUACCGUUAUCCCCGAGAUUAUGGUUCCUCUUGUUGGGACCCCUCAGGAACUCGGCCACCAAGUUGAGUUGAUCCGUAGAGUUGCCAAGAAAGUGUUUGCCGACUCGGGCCGAACCCUUAGCUACAAGGUCGGGACGAUGAUCGAGAUCCCCCGAGCCGCUCUCAUCGCAGAUGAGAUCGCGAAGGAGGCCGAGUUCUUCUCGUUCGGGACGAAUGAUCUGACGCAGAUGACGUUCGGGUACAGUAGAGACGACGUCGGGAAAUUUCUGCCGAUUUACCUCUCCAAAGGCAUUUUACAGAACGACCCUUUUGAGGUUCUUGAUCAGAAAGGCGUGGGGGAACUCAUCAAGAUCGCCACCGAGAGAGGCCGGUCCGCUAGGCCUAGCCUCAAGGUCGGGGUAUGUGGAGAACAUGGCGGGGAGCCUUCGUCUGUUGGCUUCUUUGACGAAGCAGGCCUUGAUUAUGUCUCUUGCUCUCCUUUCAGGGUUCCUAUUGCAAGGCUUGCAGCUGCUCAAGUUGCUGCAUGAAGAGGAACUUUUUGAAAAUAAACUUCACAUUGGCGUAUUUUUACAUGUCCCUUUUGUAAAUAAACUUCACUUCUCAUUGAUUUCCCCAAAAAAAAAUGAAAGGAUGAGAAAGUCAAAAGGAGGUGAUAAGCAAAGUGGUGUUAGUAUGUUCUAGAAGAUGGGACAAAUGUGAAAUUUAAUCUCUUUAUCUUUUGCUUGAACAUGUAAAAAAAAAAGUGCGUAUCCAUCUACGCGGUAUGUUCAUAGCCAAUUCAAGUUAAAUUACAAAGAAGACGAUGAUCCUCAA